AUGCUGCUCUGCCUGUUACGGUAUCCGUCGUCCGCGGAUAUGUCGUGUUUCAGCUCCGUUAAUGCCCGACUGGAUGUUGCAUUUGAAGUACUGAUCAACAACUACCUCCGUGGCCUUUUGGGCACGCCAUUUGGGGGCGUCAAGGGCAGUGGAUAUGGAAGGGAGCAUUGGAUUGGCACCUUGAGGGAAUGGAGUCGGAUCAAAAACGUCCGCUUCCCUAGUGGUCUGGGCCCAAUACCAGCUUGGGGUGGCGCAGUGGAUGUAUGCAAGUAG